AUGGAAGGCAGACUCGCCCAGCUUGCCCCCCUGAGCCAGAAAGACAAAGCCUCCGGAUAUCAGACCCUCUUCUCAGAACUCAUCUCUCGCGAUGACCACGCGAACAUCGCCCAAGACAUCCAUGCCCUGGUCGAUAAUGUCGUCAAUCAGGACGUCGGCCUCGUGAUCGGCCGACAGAUCCUCUCCGAACUCGUUAAGGCACUCUCCGAGAGCGUCUUCAAGGACGCCACAGUCAAGAAGGCUAUUGUUGAGGAUACGCUCAACAUCAUCCGCCCUCGCAUCGUCAGCUACGAGGAGCAGGUGAACACUCUCAGCUUCCAACUCGCCGACAUUCUGGAAGAGGAGGAGGAAUGGAGUGAAGCCGCGCGGGUGCUCAUGGGCAUCUCUUUGGAUUCGGGUCAGAGAGCUCUCCCAGACGAAGAGAAGUUGCGCGUGUAUGUACGCAUCGUCCGUCUACUUCUCGAGGACGAAGACUCUGUACAAGCGGAGCGCUUCUACAACCGCGCAGCACUUGUCGCGCACUCUACACAAGACAAGGAGAUCCUUCUCUCUUUCAAGCUCUGCCAGGCCCGCAUCAGCGACUACAGCCGCAAGUUCCUCGAAGCAGCCGGCAGAUAUCACGAACUCAGCUGGGUACCAGAAAUCGACGAAGAGGAGCGGAGACACAUGCUGCACGUAUCUGCUACCUUUGCUUCAUCCUCGCAUUAUGCUCACGCGCCACCCACAUUCAGUUCUGCAGCGAUAACGUGCGCCAUCCUCGCGCCCGCAGGCCCCAACCGUUCCCGCGUGCUCGCCUCGCUCUGCCGUGACGAGCGCACGCAGGAUCUUUCCUCGUUCAAAAUCCUCGAAAAGAUGUUCCGCGACCGCAUCCUGCGCUCAAGCGAGAUCAAGGAAUUCGAGGGCACGCUGAAGGCCCACCAGCUUGCACGCAUCGAGGUCUCCGCAAACGACCGUCUUGCUGCGGUCGUCGCGGACGAUGCAGACGAUACAGCCGGUCCGGGUGCGAGCACGCGCAAGGGCCCGUCGACGGUGCUCGAUCGUGCGGUUAUGGAGCAUAACUUGCUCGCAAGCUCGAAGGUGUACAACAACAUCACAUUCAAAGGCUUGGGCGCGUUGUUGGACGUAACGCCUGGCGCAGCAGAGACCAUGGCGCGGAAGAUGAUUGAGCAGGGCCGUCUCAAGGGUUCUAUCGACCAAGUGGAGAAGCUGAUCUCCUUCGAUGUUACGGGAGAGGACGAUGAUGCACAAGGAAAGGCCGGAGGUCUCGGAGACGUCGAGCAAGUGGAAGAGGACACGGGAGCGCCGUUCACGAAACGCUGGGACAUGCAGAUUCGUUUGACCGCUGCCAACGUCGAGACUAUCGUGCAACACUUGACGGAAAAAGGACUCGUGAGUGUGCGAGGUUGA